AUGACUGAAACUUUGAAGCUCGAUAACCAUGUACUCUCUAUCUCCAAUGACGCUGAGGAAGAGACGGACAACUGGUCUGGAUUGACUAACCCUACCGAACGCCGUCGGCGACAGAACCGCAUAAAUCAGAGGGCUUACCGGAAGCGCAAGCGACUGUUGACAGCCACAGAUGUCCACCCUAAAAGCUUACCCCCAUCCCCUCGUUCAACCUCUACUGCCCAAUUGCAAAACAGCUCUCCACAAGAUAAGCUCAAAGCCAACCUUUGCUGCAGCCCCGAGCUUUUACAAAUUCUUCUCAACAGAUUCGCCAACUCAGCUUAUGAAAGUUAUGUACGGGGGAACCCGACCGCCGAUCACCUUAUGACAUUGACCAAGGUGAAUGUCUUUCGAGCAUUCGCCCACAACUUGCGAUUAAUCGGUUGGUCAGAGUUCUGGAUGGACAACGACGCAAUUUCGCCGUUCAAUACAGCUUUCCCACACAAGGCCUCUCCACCGAACGAUAGCAGCCUCAUUCCGAGCAACCUACAGCCCACUCGAAUUCAAAAGUCGAUACCCCAUCACCCGUGGCUGGACUUCUUUCCAUUUCCCAAGAUGCGCGAUAACCUCAUUGAGGCCGGGGAUGACUGGGAUGAUGAGCAGCUUUGUCAUGAUAUCAUGGGGUUUUGGGGGGAGUCAACGAUGGAUGCAGGGCUGCUUGUUUGGGGAGAGCCUUGGAAUGUGCAAAAUUGGGAGGUGACUGAGCCGUUCUUAAAGAAAUGGCAAUGGGUUGUUCAAGGGUGUCCCGAAUUGAUGAACGCAACAAAUCGUUGGCGUGCCCAUCGGGGGAGAGGCUGA